AACUGCCAGUCAGCAACAAUCGUCAGCUCAGCUCAACCUCAACCUCGGAAACGUCCCCGGAACGAACUGGCAAUUCAGCAGGCGGAGGCCGACUCUUUCCCCCCGUCUCCCGGUUUCUAUUUCCGUCCCCAACCACCCGCGACCCCCGCUUUCCAUGGCCGCCGCGGCCGGAUGAUGUCUAGAAAGCCGCUCCUCCCCUGCCGCGGGCCCGCAGCCACCCCUCCCGCCCAGCUCCUCCUCCCAAUCCGCCGCCUCCUCCUCCUCCCCCUCCCCCGCCGCCGCUCCUCCCCGCCGCCGCCGCCCGACCGACGGAGGCCCGCCAUGGCCGGCGCCGGCCAGUCCGCGGCCCCCGCGGCGGCGGCGUCGGCCGGCGCCGGGGCCACCUCCUUCCAUGUCGGCAUGGUGCGGGUCGUCUCGUUCCUCGUCGGCGGCCUCAACUGCGCGGUGCUGCUGCUCGGCCUCUACCUCAUCGACGCCGCGCUCCCGCCCGGCUGCGGCUGGGGGCUCGCGCUCGCCGCCGUGCCCGCCAUGGCCGCCGUCCGGGUGCUCGCCAUGCUCGGCGCCGCGCGGGCCCAGCACGCCACCGCGGAUGCCAUUGCUCGCCGCCACCUCGACGAGGCCGCCGCCUCCGUUGCCGAGGACGCCGUGGCCCGCCACGAGAUCAGGGUGAGGUAUAAACGCUGGUUGUGGUGGACUAGAUUUGGUAUGGCUGUUGGUGCAUUGCAGCUGGUUGGGGCAAUUUAUCUCAUGUUUGUCAUUGUGAGAGAUCUUCCCAACGAAAGAAAACCCACGUCCUGUUUCUUUGGACAGGAUGGAGCUGAGCUGGUCUCCAGACGAGCAUUAAUUGCUUUGUUUCUUAUCCUUUCCUGGGUUGUGGUCGUCCUUCAGUGCUUCACGGGUUCUGAUGUAUUGAGAUGGCGAUCAUUCUAUGCGACACAUGAUAUGGCAUGGAAAGCUCAUUACAGGGAAGUGUUUGAUCAUGGAAUUCGUGAGGCUUUGUGCUGCCUAGGACGUGCAAAGUAUCUAGCCGUAUUGGAAGAAGAUGAGGUAUAUUCUGUGGCAAGACUUCUGGGUGAAUUGGUUGCAUAUCGUGCUUCUGGGACUGGCCAUUUGGAACUGUUAGCAGGGCUUGCUCUAUUGCAGAAGCAUGGGAAUUUGCCUGAUUUGCAAACUGACCUUGUGGAGGCACCUCAUAAGCUUAUGCGAGAAGCUGCUGUUCUCCAUCCUUUUGCUGAAGCAUGUUACACGGGGCCACUUCUUGAUGUCGGAAGAAACCCCAUUUUGUUUCCAUGCGCAUGGGUUUAUCGACAAGGCGUUUUAACUCCAUGGGCGCGCCUAAGGCGUCCUGCACUUGAUGGUGAUAACUGGUGGCGAGGGCAUGCUGCAGCUUUCCUUAGAUUUGUUAAUAUAGCACCUACAGCACUUGUUCGAGGCCGUGUUCGUCAGAGCAAGCGUGAAGCUGCUUACUUUGUUGUGGUCCUCCAUGACAAAAAAACUGUUCUUAUUGGGGUGCGUGGGACAGAGACACCAGAGGAUCUCAUAACUGAUGGACUAUGCAGAGAAUGUGCUUUCACUAUGGAAGAUUUGGAUGGACUAGUAAAUAGUGAACUAUUGCCUGUAACUAUGAGGGAGAGAGUUAUUUCUACAUUCCCGCACUAUGGACAUGGUGGUAUUGUAGAGGCUGCUCGGGAGCUUUUCAUGCAACUCAACAACUGCACAGGAGAUAAUGGCAACUCAGAAAACACGUCCUCCAAAAAACUUGGAUUUCUGUCUAUGCUAGUCCAGGAGGGCAGUGAGUGUCAUGGAUAUAAAAUUCGUCUUGUUGGACAUUCUUUAGGAGGCGCUGUUGCUACAGUCCUAGGAAUGAUGCUUUUUGGCAGAUACCCAGAUGUGCAUGUGUAUGCUUAUGGCCCACUUCCUUGUGUGGAUUUGACAAUAGCUGAAGCCUGUUCACAGUUUGUUACCACCAUUGUAAACAACGACGAAUUUUCUUCUCGCCUUUCAAUCAACUCAAUCCUCAGGCUACGAUCUGCUGCAAUAAGUAGUCUUUCAGAUAACUCUCCAGAUGAUACAGCAAUGAUACAAAAACUUGCUCGCAGAAUUUUGAAUGCAAACAAGUAUCAUGAAAGGCGGUCUACACACCAGGAUGCAUUAUGCAAUACUGAGCCAGACCUUCAAGAUUUGCAAAAUGGCUUUGGUGCUUACAAUGGACCCAGUUCAUCCAUAGACGAGCCCAGAAGCUAUCGAAGCCUACAAAUUGAUCAGGAUGUCCGGAGGAUUCCACUUGAUGGGCAUGAUUCCGGUUUGGAAGAGGCUCAGACAUCUUCUGGGGAAAUACUUGUUGAGUCUCGAGAGAUGUUUCUUGCAGGCUUAAUUAUUCAUGUGGUGCGGAACAGAAGAAGCCUCUUUCCUCUUUGGAAAUGCUGGAACCCUCAGGAAGCUGAACAACCAUAUAAAGCUGUUUUUGCGAAAAGAGAGAACUUCAGGGAUAUUGCUGUUACUCCUUCUAUGUUCAUGGAUCACUUACCAUGGAGGUGUCGGUUUGCUAUGCAGAGAAUUCUGGAAGGCCAACCGUCACAGCGUUUAGCUAAUUCUGAUUCAUCUGUACAACAUUUAGUCUGACCAGGGCAAAAAUUUGCCAUCCAUGCUCGAAGACUAUUUGAGGAACAAGUCAUCCUAUGCUGCAAUCAUGUUUUUAUAACCUGCAGCUAUUUCUCUGUAUACAAGAUGUAUGUCUGGCGAUGGUUCCGCUCUAACAUUGUGCUGAGCUUAUUGACACUGCCAGACUGCCUGGGCAUGGGCAUGCACCAAACGGUGAUGUACUCUCUGGCUGAAAGGAAAUCUGAUGACUUCAUGCACAGCAAUACAACACAUCAAUCAACAAUAUCCUCUACCCAUCUACUUGCACUGGCAGGGUGCUGCAUUGAUCGGUGGUGCCUUGCUAGCACCUGAUUGUUCUCAUUCAUUUUUUUUUUUGCAGCAGCGCCUGCUUGUUCAUAUCCAUUUUUUCAAUUCAUGCCAACAUGUACAUAUUUACACAGCAGAGAUAGCUAGAUUUACCGACUAACAAGUGACAAUAAAAAUGUGGUUGUUUUAACCUAGAGGUUAAUAAAACACUCUGACAGUUCUGUCGCCGAGCA